CGUCUCGCAUUAUGGAUAUCAGCUCGUCGGUUGUCUCGAAGUUAAAUUAUUAAGCAAAUUUCUUCUCGCAGCUAAUUUUAGACUUUUUAAUUAAAUUAUUUUUGUUCAUUUUUUUAUGGUAAGUGGUGAUAAAAGACUAAAAUCUCGACCGAAAAAUGGAUUUCGAUUAUUAAUUUGUAAUUUAUGCAAACUGGAAGAGAUAACGCAGGGAGACCCUACCAAAACAGGAAACGUCAAAACGAAUGACUUCGUAGCGUUUAGAAAAUUGCCAUUUAUUUCCCAAUGAUGUCUUGGAUGCCAGUGUGACGGGAAAGAUGUAUGAAGCAUUGGGGCCAAGAGGGGCCGAAAUGGAUCCCCACAACCGAUGUAUGGGAGGACGUAUGUGGUGUGUUUCAGACAUUUGCGGUAUCAUUUGCGCUGUCAUGACAUGGCUACUUGUUACCUAUGCAGAAUUUGUAGUAUUUACGGUUGUGUUGGGAACUGCAAAUCAUCCCAUAUACACCACGUUCAAUAUUAUUCUCUUCAAUAUGUUUGUAAUCCUUGCUCUUUCGUCACAUGUUCGAGCAAUGUUCACUGAUCCAGGUGCUGUUCCUAAAGGAAAUGCCACCAGAGAAAAUAUACAGCGUAUGGGGCUACGAGAAGGUCAGGUUAUUUUUAAGUGCCCCAAGUGCUGCAGUAUUAAACCUGAGCGUGCUCAUCACUGUUCAGUGUGUCAGCGGUGCAUUCGAAAAAUGGAUCAUCAUUGUCCGUGGGUUAAUAACUGUGUUGGAGAAAAUAAUCAGAAAUUUUUUGUUCUUUUUACGUUCUACAUAGCCCUGCUCAGUAUCCAUGGACUAUUCCUGGGCAUAUAUCAAUUUAUCAUUUGUGUCAAGAGUGAAUGGCAUGAGUGUUCCUCCUUUUCUCCCCCCGCGACAGUUGUUCUUCUUCUGUUCCUCAUAUUUGAAAGCUUGUUGUUUGCUCUGUUCACAGCAGUAAUGUUUUUCACACAAGUUUGUGCCAUAUGGACUGAUGAAACGGGCAUAGAACAACUGAAGAAAGAGCAAGCAAGUUGGGAAAAAAAAUCCAGAUGGCGAAGCAUCCAGGCUGUAUUUGGAAGAUUUUCCGUCACAUGGUUCAGUCCAUUCACAACUCCUCCUUUACCAAGCAAAACUCAUUCUUAUAUGUAUGCAGUGUAGAUUACUUAUGUUAGCCAAGAAUAAAUGAGAUGAAACCACAUAGACUUCUUGCAGUACUUGGGUGAAAAUUUGGGGGAAGCAUGAUACGCAAGAGAGCGUGUUACACGAGUAUAUAUGGUAAUUUAUGACAUAAAUCACAACCUACAGGUUAGUGCUGCAAUCAGAGGUCUGCAGAAUUGGUCACUAGCUACAUUCUCCAGGGUUUUGCAGAACCAGUUCAAAAGUGUUGGAUUGAUUUCUCUAUCUUUGAUGUACGUACAGAGGGUCCUUGCUCAUAGUCCUGGUAAUUACAGUUCAAGAGUUUUUGCUUUUGUAUGGAUGUGGAAUUUUUUAUUUAAGGAACAAGUUUUGAUAUUGUACAAUGUAUUUUGCAUAUAUAUUUUUUUCAUCUUGCCAAAUGCUUUUAUUAUUUAAUUAAUACACAGACUUCCUGCUAUUUAUUGUUUUUAAUAUAGGUAUGAAUGUCUUUUUUAAAGAAAUGACUAACAUAGUUUGUAGAUCUGUUGUCAGUGAUUAGCUAUCUUAAUUCUCCUCUCCUUUUUCAAAAAUGUCUCGGUAAUAAUGGAUGAUGAUUAUGGGGUACUUAUCACAGAAUGUGUUGUUAUUUCAUGAUAAUCAGGAAUGAGAAAUGUGUAUGUGCUAUUUGUUCAUUGUUGUGAAUGAAUUUUGUCAAGAGUAUGAAACUCUAAAAUUGCCAUACAUGUAGUAUGUUAAGGAUUUCUCACUUGCAAUGGACAGUUCAGUUGGUGCACUCUCACAUCAGUGUUAUUUGAGGAAUUAAUAUAGCCUCAGUGUAUUUUACAAUAAAAUAAAGUAAUGUAGGAUUCACACAUCUUAUAUGUCACAAAUUUUAAAAUUGAACUGGUUUUAUUUGUAAUUAAAUUAUAUUUGUUGCAAGAGAAUAUAUUAUUAUAAUAAAUAGUUUUUUAGAUUUCUUUUAUUUAAUUCAGAUGAAUCUUAUUUGUUUUUACUGUGUAGCACAGGAUUUUUUAUUGGAAAUUCACAUAAUUAUAAAGAUGACCUUGAAAAAAUAUAUAAUUGAGGAUCAGUGAAAAGCAUCCUUGUGAAGUUGUAAAUGUUUAUUUGUUUUAGUUUUGUAAACUUUAUUUGAAGAUAUACUGUACUUUAACCUGCUUAAAUUUAUGUAAACCAUAUUAUUUGCUUAAAUUUAGUCAUGUAAACCAUAUUAUUUGAAAGAUAAUGUACUUUGCUUAAAUUUAAUACCAUACACCAAUAUCAUUGACAAACUAAUAUUGCUUGAAGUUGGAAGUCCACAAAAUUCAGAGGUAUGGGUUGAAUGAUAACCUUGUAGCAAGGAAAGAAUUGUGAAUUAUUUUGUUUAUGGAAACAAAUUGGGUUGUGAUAAUGCAAUAACUUUUAGAAUGAAAAUUAAUUCAAAUACAGUAGACCCUUGACUCACGAACGCAUUGACCCACGUACAACUCGAUCCCCGACCAAAAUUAUAGGUAAAAUUUCACCCUUGACCUACGAACUAACUUUGAGAUACGAACAAAAAAAAAUGCGGAAAAUAAAAAUUCUGUUUGGGUCAUGAACUAAUUUUGAGACAUGAACA